UUCUUCUGACUUCUCCAUUGCCAUCAGCCCUUUUUGGCCGUCUGGUUUUUGUUUAUCUUUCCUUGUUUACUCCUCCCCUCUCUCACAGUCACAUUCAUAGAUAUAUAUCCCAUAUAUAUUAGCAUAUCAGAAUCCUUGCAGUCUUUAGUUUUUUUGUUUUCUUGUAGCUGGUUUCGUUGGAGGUCCAAAUAGAACAGAUAUGGUAUUGGCUUCACCAAACCCAAUUCGGGCUGAAAAGGUCCAACCGAUUGAGCUUCCUGUCAUAGACCUUUCAGCUGAGAGAUCAGAGGUGUCAAAGCUCAUUGUAGAAGCUUGUGAAGAGUAUGGUUUCUUCAAGGUGAUCAACCAUGGAGUCUCUGACGACAUCAUUGGCCAAAUGGAAGAAGAAGGUCUCAACUUCUUCACAAAGCCGCUUUCCGAGAAACAAAAAGCUGGGCCUGCCACUCCUUUUGGCUAUGGUUGCAAGAACAUUGGCUUCAAUGGUGAUAUUGGAGAAGUUGAAUACCUUCUCCUCGAUACCAACCCUCUCUCCGUUUCUCAGAGAUCCAAUAGCAUCUCCAAUGACCCCAACAAGUUCAGCUCUGCUGUGAUUGGUUACAUACAAGCAGUUAGGGGGUUGGCAUGUGAGAUCUUGGAUCUGAUGGCAGAGGGAUUGUGGGUCCAGGAUUCAUCAGUGUUCAGCAGGAUGAUCAAGGACGUCGAAAGUGACUCCCUUUUCAGGCUCAAUCACUAUCCGCCCAUUCUCUGCAAGGAUAGGGAAACGUCACCCUCCUCAUUUCAAAGUCACAGCAGCAGCAAGGUUGGAUUUGGGGAGCAUUCCGACCCUCAGAUAUUGACCAUCCUGAGAUCCAACGAUGUAAGUGGCCUGCAAAUUUCUCUGGGUGAUGGGGUGUGGGUCCCCGUCCCCCCUGACCCCACUGCCUUUUGUGUGAAUGUGGGUGAUGUUUUACAGGCUAUGAGCAAUGGGAGGUUCCUGAGCGUGAGGCACAGAGCCUUGACCAAUCCCUACAAGUCGAGAACGUCAAUGGCCUAUUUUGGGGCACCCCCACUCCAUGCUUGCGUCACUGCCCCCGCAGAGUUGGUCACAACCAACAGGCCUUUGCUGUACAGGCCUUUUACUUGGGGUGAGUACAAGAAAGCUUCAUAUUCUCUCCGGCUCGGAGAUAGCCGCCUUGACCUUUUCAGAACAGCACAACAGUAGAGAAUGAACCAGUUGCUUGAUAGAGUUCACAUUGUCUUUUGCUGUCCGGAUGGGGGAAUUUUGGCUGUAAUCCUUCACAAUGUAGUCCUAUACUUGUUGUUUGGGACGGGAGAAAUGGUUUAUGUUAAUUACAUUAGUGUAAUUUAGCCAUCAGUGAAAAGUUCUCUUUUCCAA